ACUUUCAAAGUUAAUUGAAAAGUUUCAGACUAUGUUGGCUAGCCUGGAGAAAUCUCAGUUGUCGUGUCGUACUGUUUUCCGUUCGGGGAAUGGGCGGUAGCUAGCAGUUGUUUGUAAUCAGCUAGAGGAGGAGAAGGAGAGUGCGGAAUUUGGAAUUGUUUGAAGACGAUUAAAGAGGUGGCUUGUGAGGGUUGUUUGUUUUGUUGCUAAGGUCUUAUGAGUGGAAAAUUUUGAUUAUGUGGUUCAUGGUGCACACAUUUUUGUCUAUGUUGAUGUAAACGAAACGAGAAAAGUAGUAAUGUUCAUGCAUCCAGAAGACUAUUACCAGCUUGACCUUCAAACCAUGUGACUUCGAAGGUAGUUACAAAUACUAGUCGGAAAUCAACAGCACAGACUGCUUCUCUGGAAAUCUAUUCCCUUCUUCAGAGUAAAAGCAUUAUUUUUCCAUUUGCAUAGUAACAGCAACCAUGUCCAACUUAAAACUUCCUGACCAUAUCCGCCUUCAGUUGGCUGCAGCAGACUCCCCCACAACCUUUCCCGCAGUUGGUCUGUCACCUGUUACAGACCUUACCUUGAAUUUGAGUGACACCUCACUCGGGUCAACUCCUCGGAGAAGAUUGUCGCUCUCCAGCCUUGACAACACACCAGAUCUAAGAGUCAGAACGCAGCAAUCCGAUGUAAUGGACGCAGAUUCGCCUUCUUCGGAAAAUCGGUUGCUGAAGAACACCAUCAAGCUGCCGAAUUCAAACGGUGGGAACGUGAGCCGAUCACGGGGAUUCUCCCGCCGUAUCAAUGUGAACAUGCCGGCAUCGCCCCACGGCACAGCUCAUAAUGACAAGGAGAACAUGGGGUGUGGGGGAGGCGCCCCAGCAACUGUGACUCCAGAAGUUAACACGCUUCCCUUUGCACAACACCUUAGCAGCCCUUCGAAGUUUGCAGUGCUGAGGCAGACUCCAAGCCCUUUGCGACAACGACAACCGCUAGAAGACCAAGACCCAAACUCGCAAGACAGUGGCUAUGGAGCUUUCUUGGACAAAGAUGAAUCAAAAGCUGGGUUUAGGUUUGUGGAACCGAAUGGGGUGGCCCCCAGGAGGUAUCAUUCGGAGCAGUCGCAGUCACCAAAGAAGGACAUAUCUCCCACCUGUUCUCCUCGUAAUAAAGCCAGUGGACAUUCGAACCCACUUCUCUUUCAAACUCUGUCAUCUGGAAGCGAAUCUCUGGAUGAAGGUUUUAUGGAGCUUAUGGAUCUGGAGAAAAUGGAUGAGACUGCACAUCUUCCUCCAAGGCUAUAUAAUCUACUCUCGGGACCUGUCAUCAAGGAACCCCACACAUCCGCUAAUCUGUCAUGUUCUUCAAAAGAAGAGGUGUCAAGGCCGACAUUUCAGUACAGCUUCUCUCUGGGGGACAACCUGACACCAGCUUCAAGCAGGGCCCGUCAUUCCUUGUUCAAGCCGUCACUUUCACCGUCUCCUCAGGAACAAGAGGAAACUGUCGGGCAUGUUGCACUGGAGCCCCUACGUUCCUUCAAGCGCCCUGACCCACCGUGUGACAUCGGACACCUUCCAUCAAAACGGCGAAAAUCAAGCUCUUUCCAUCUUACGCAAGAAACUCUACAGACAUCCACCUCGCUUAGUCUCGAACGAAGCUUCUCUGAAACAGAAGCUACCAUUAAAAAGGCAUUGCAAAGAUCUACGCAGAUACCGGACCUGAUUGGAGAUUUUAGCAAGCCGUUUAUUCUGCCAUUAAUGGAGGGCCGACACCAGGAUCUCAAGACUAUAUCCGCGGAUACCUUAGCUUCCCUUCUGAGUGGAGAUUUCAGUGAUGAAGUGGAAUCCUAUGUUGUAGUCGAUUGCCGCUAUCCAUAUGAAUACGACGGAGGACACAUCAGAGGAGCUAGAAACAUAUAUACCAAAGAGCAGAUAUUUAAAGAAUUUGUGGAUGUCAAACAGCCAGAACAGAAUCUGGAUGGAGAAUCAUCACAGCAAAACGAAGCAUCAUCGUCUAAAAAGCGUAACAUUUUAAUCUUCCACUGUGAAUUUUCGUCAGAACGUGGUCCCAAUCUGUUUCGGUUUCUGCGCAACUCAGACCGGGACUGGAAUAAAGAAUCGUACCCAACGCUGAACUACCCAGAGUUGUAUCUGCUGCACGGUGGUUACAAGACUUUCUUUGAAAAGCACAGGGACAAGUGUGAGCCUUGUGCAUAUCUACCGAUGCUUGACCCGGAUCACGAGAGUGACCUGCGACUCUUCCGCUCCAAGUCGAAGAUGUGGAAUGCGGAUAGUAAGAGUCGUCUGGCACUGCGCAGCACUCUCAAGCGCCUAGGUUUAUAAAAAUUGGCAUUUGGAUUUUAGGUGCUAUUUUUAUUGAACAAGCCCAAAUCGCUUAAUAGACUUUAUGACACAAACAAAUUUGAUGAUUGACAUCAUGUUUUAUUGAUAUAUUCCAUAACUGCUGGUUAGAAGGUUAUGUAUUUUUUUAUGGUCUAAGUCAAUAGAAUGAUAAAUAUUUUGCUUAUUUCAGUAAAAUAUUAGUUUUGGCUCUGAUUGAAGGAAUGGUUACAUAUCAGAUUAUGAAUAUUUGGACAAUACAAUGUCUUACAUAUUAAAAGUUGCAAAUGAUUUGGCAUGUAGGUUUUGAAGAUACUGCUGUGUGUGGUUGUUAAAUUUGUCUGUAUAUGUUCUAAUGUCCUCAUCAGUGUAUUCAUCUUUAAGUUCUCUGUAGUGGCCAAAAAUAUAUAAAUGUAUUGUGUCAAGCUCCGUCUACUUGAUCACAUUUGAUAUAGUUUGCAGUAUCAUGUCAGCAUAUAGUUAGUUGCACAUUUUGUCAGUGGAGGAACCAUCCAUCUCUUCCCUCAAGUGGAUCAUGUUGUAGCAUGAUACAUCACACGCUUCCCUGUUUGAUUAUGAAAAUGUCUUAGAGCACGCUUAGUUUUCUUACUGCAUGAUGGUGAAAUGGUGAAGAGAAUCAUCUAAUUAAUGUCGUAAUAUCUUUUUUCUUUGGCAGUAAUCUUAAUUAUCACCAAGUCACAUGAUAAUGUGCCGUGUUCUGGGAAUGGAAAGAGAAAUCAGCUGCUGUUAGGAAGACGUGUUAUAUAGCAGAUGAAACUGUUUAAUUUAUCCUAAAUAAAAUUCCCUUUAAUACGAAUCAAGUAUUGCAAACUUGAAUAAAAUAUUUUAAAACGAUUUGUGCAUUAAAUGGUAUGCCAGGUGAAAUGUUCUCUGAAAGAAAUAUUGGUGUUGUUGCGUUCAGUUUUUAAAUUUCGUUUUGAAGUGUAUAUUCCAAAAUAUAUAAGGAAAUUCAUGCACUUGUAGAAAUAUUUAGGUAACGAGUUUUAUUCAUUAAGCGCAGAGUAAAGAAUUCCCAAGGCUGGAAUAUUGCUUCAUGACUCAUUACAGCCAAGUUUUUAUUAUAAUUCCUCAGAGGUGCUCCACGGAGCUGCCGUAGCGAGUAGAUUAGCAGCCAGUAACACUUAAAAGAGAACUGUGUUUUGGGAUGUGAUAUCAUGUAAUCUGAUAGAAGUUGAUCAACAUUUCAGAGGAAUGUAAUGCCUCAA